AAGUUACUUUUCUUGUCCGUAUCUUGAAGAAAUACACGAGUAGAUUAGUUCUUGAAAUAUACAAUUCCAAACUCUCGAUAUGCCUAAAUAUGCGAGUUGAAUCAUAAUUUGGUGAUUAGAAGCCGUUGGGAGACAAGACAAGAAUUUCCUUACAGCAUCGGCUACUUCAGUUUAAUGAUUAAACUCUAAACCCCACUUAAUUAUUACAAGUGGGCUGGGGGUUCUUUCUCAAGAAUUCCAGCCCCAGCAGCUUGUUUUUCAAGAAUCCCUCUACAUAAUUACCGUUUUCCUUCAUGCACACCUCAACCCUCAAGGCAAUAAAAGUGUUCUCGUCUGAGUUGUGAUUUCUUCAAGUAUGGAGAAGGAGAAAGCAAAUUCUUGUUCACCAGACACGGUUCUUGAGGACUUCUUGAGAAGUGCUGAAUCUGAAACUGAAUCCUCCAAAGCCAGCACUUCAGAAUCAGAAGCUCAGAUUGAUGCACAACCGGCUUCAAGAUGGACCAAUUUUUUCCAAAUGUUGAGAUUUAAAUCCAAAACCCAAUUGGCUACAUUCCAUCCCCUCAAGUUGUCUAAGAUGUUAAGCAGUAGUAUGAGAGAGGAAGUCAGCUGUGUGUCGAACCCCCUAACCGAUGCUAAUCUGAACUAUUUCAAGCCUCAAUGGAAGAACUUUAGCUUCUCGGACCUCCAAUCUGCAACUAACAAGUUUUGCCAAGGUAAUUUGAUCGGGAAGGGCGGUUAUGCUGAAGUUUAUAGAGGUUGUUUGAGUGGGGGACAGCUUGUUGCGAUCAAGCGUUUCACUAAAGGUUCCCUGGCAGAAAGGAUAGGUGAUUUUCUAUCGGAACUCGGGAUAAUGGCUCAUGUCAAUCAUCCCAAUACCGCUAAACUGAUAGGCUAUGGGGUUGAAGGAGGAAUGCACCUUGUUCUUGAGUUAUCUCCUCUUGGAAGCUUGGCUUCUGUGCUUCAAAACUGCAGGGAGAAGUUGAAGUGGGAUAUACGGUACAAGAUUGCAUUGGGAACAGCUAAGGGGUUGCUGUAUCUUCAUGAGGGUUGUCAAAGGAGGAUCGUCCACAGAGAUAUUAAGGCUGCAAAUAUAUUGCUGGCGGAGGACUAUGAGCCUCUGAUAUGUGAUUUUGGCCUCGCGAAAUGGCUGCCGGAGCGCUGGACUCACCUCACUGUUCCGAGAUGUGAAGGCACUUUCGGUUAUCUAGCUCCCGAGUUCUUAAUGCAUGGAAUAGUUGACGAAAAAACAGACGUCUUCGCCUUUGGAGUGCUGCUGUUGGAACUCGUCACUGGCCGUAGGGCACUAGAUUACUCACAGCAAAGCCUUGUUAUGUGGGCUAAACCUCUGAUGAAGAAGAACAAAAUCAAAGAGCUCAUAGAUCCAUUGCUUGCUGAAAACUACAACCCCACACAAAUGAACCUCUUGAUCCUGGCUGCUUCUCUCUGCGUGCAGCAAUCGUCCCUUAAACGUCCACGAAUGAGUCAGAUUCUGCUGCUUCUGAGGGGGAGCUGCGGCAGCCUAGACUUGAUCAAGAAACACAAAAAGCUAUCAAGUUGGAAGAAGUACUAUAGAGGGCUUUUUAGUGCUGAAGAAUACAGUUUCUCCCGAGGCUUGAAUGGUUUAAAUCUGCCCACAGCGUCAGCCCGGCAAGUGUAACCAAAACAUCAGUCAUGUAGACUAUGUGUUUCAUUUUAGGACCAAGAUUGCUGUCAAAAUGCAGCAGAAGCAACUGGAAUUAAAAGGCUGUAUUAAGAUUUAUCAUAUGUUAUAUAUGUUGGCAUCGAAAAUCCACACAGUUUAUAUAUUUAAGAAAAUAUUUUAUA